CUGAUUGGUGUUUACAGUGGGCUAGACCACUCGCAUUCUGAUCAUGCCGAAAACUUCCGUCCUCCACAAUCUAAUGGCAAGUUAGAUUGAUAAAAGAAAACAUUUUUUUUGUCUGUUGAAGCUAGCAUUUAAGGGUAACACAGACGCCUCCAAUCAGGCAUCGUCUAGGCUCCUUCCCUCAGGGCGGUGCCGAGAGAGUGAGUGAGAGAUCCGCCUCGAUCCCCUGCUCCACUCGAUAAGGAUGACAAUGGAAGAGAUGAAGAAUGAAGCCGACAACACCUCCAUGGUUUCCAUGACCCUCUACGCCGUUAUGUACCCUGUCUUCAGUGAGCUGGAGAGAGUGAACCUGUCUGCAGCACAGACCCUAAGGGCAGCUUUCAUAAAGGCAGAGAAGGAGAACCCAGGCCUCACACAGGACAUCAUCAUGAAGGUCCUGGAGAAGAAGAACGUGGAGGUCAACUUCCCAGAGUCCUUACUGCGCAUGGCUGCAGACGAUGUGGAAGCAGAAUACAUGAUUGACCGGUCCGAACGAGAGUUCCAUGAUCUCAACGAGAGAGCACGGGCGUUGAAACACAUCCUCAGCAAAAUCCCAGACGAGAUCAACGACCGGGUACGCUUCCUACAGACCAUCAAAGAUAUCGCCAGUGCCAUUAAGGAGCUAUUGGACACAGUCAACAUUGUCUUCAAGAAAUAUCAGUACCAGAACAGAAGGGCACUUGAACAUCAGAAGAAAGAGUUUGUGAAAUAUUCCAAAAGCUUUAGCGACACGCUGAAAACAUACUUCAAAGACGGAAAGGCAAUAAACGUGUUUGUCAGUGCCAACAGGCUCAUCCACCAAACCAACUUGAUACUCAAGACCUUCAAAACUGUUCCAUAGAUUUUUUUUUUUUUUCAUCAUUUUAAUAAAGAGAUGUGGAAUAGGAUCACAUUUAUAUGAACAAUGUAAAGAUUUUAUGAGCUGUAUAAUUUAUAUUGACACCGCUUUGUGGGUAGUGGGCUUUUUUUUUCCCCCUUCUUCAAUUCUUUUAUUUUAUUGCUGGAGAAAUUGCCAGUGUUGAUGACUACCCAAUCACUGGGCCCUCUGGUCAUGGAGCACCUCUGCAGUAGCACUGGUCCAGGGUCAGUGGGGCCUGUGGGCGUGUAGGAAAGUGUCAUGAUGUGCACAGGUGUAUGACUGAUCCCUGGUCAGCCCUCCCUCUCUCCGUCCCUGAGAGGCGGCUUCACAAGCAGGGUCCUGAGUCAGUCAGAAGCCUGUCGCAGAGAACGCUAACUUCUAACACACCCCACACACACCUUUUGGUUCUGCACAGUAGGACGCCAAAUAAAAAAAAAAUGAAGAGCCUUAAAAAGAAAAUGGAACGUGAUUGAACAUUCCUUUAGACCAUGCUGUAAAUAUAAUAACAUUUCCCCCUGUCUCCCUUACUUUUGACACCCAGGCUUUGAAGAAAUUGGAUAUAAGAGCUGCACGUUGAGUGUAUUUAAUUUGACGUGGUCACAAAACUGUUCAAAUAAACUGCCUGGGUAUGUCAGA